AACUCCUCCAUAGCCAUAGCCAUAUAUAUAUUUAUAUAUAAACCCUUCUUCAAACUAUCAAUUCUUGCUUUCUCUUCUUCUUUUUCUUUUUUUUCCCCUCUUGAAGCCAUGAAUAAUCAGACAAGAAAAUCAUUUUCUCUCUUUUUUCUUGUUUGUUUUCUGCAUCUUCUUCCUCUUUUAGCUUCUGCAGAUUGUACUUGUGACCAGGAAGAAACUGCAGCCACACAAAGUGAUGACAGAACCAAAACCCUUAAAUAUAAACUAGUGGCAGUUUCUUCAAUACUGAUUGCGAGCGCAUUAGGUGUUACUCUCCCAAUUUUUGGCAAGAAAAUCCCAUCUCUUAACCCAGAGAACAACAUCUUCUUCCUCAUUAAAGCAUUUGCAGCUGGUGUGAUUCUUGCAACUGGGUUUGUUCACAUAUUACCUGAUGCUUUUGAUAGUCUAACAAGUCCUUGUCUUAAAAAGAAACCAUGGGGUCAGUUCCCUUUCUCAGGUUUUGUUGCAAUGGUUUCUGCUAUUAUGACAAUGAUGGUUGACACUUUUGCUACUAGUUAUUUUAAAAGAUCCCAUUUUAACAAGGCUUUGCCUCUGAGUGGGGAUGAAGAGUUGCAGGGGAAACAUGAAGGCCAUGUUCAUGUUCAUACUCAUGCCUCUCAUGGACAUGCACAUGGCUCUGCUGCUUUUCUAUCACAUGAUGAUUCUGGGAUUUUCAGGCAUCGGAUUGUAUCACAGGUGUUGGAAUUGGGAAUAGUGGUUCAUUCAGUAAUAAUUGGGAUUUCUCUUGGAGCUUCUCAAAGUAUAGACACAAUAAAGCCACUAGUAGCAGCAUUAACUUUCCAUCAAUUCUUUGAAGGCAUGGGCCUUGGUGGUUGCAUUUCUCAGGCAAAGUUCAAGUCAAGAGCAGUGGCAGCAAUGGUUCUAUUUUUCUCCUUAACCACACCAAUUGGAAUAGCAGUUGGGAUAGGGAUUUCACAUAGUUACAAUGGCAAUGCUCAAACUGCUCUCAUUGUUGAAGGGGUAUUCAACUCUGCUUCUGCUGGGAUAUUAAUCUAUAUGGCACUUGUUGAUUUACUUGCUGAAGAUUUUAUGAACCCUAAAUUGCAAAGCAACUUGAGGCUGCAGCUUGGUGCUAAUCUUUCACUUCUUUUGGGUACUGCUUGCAUGUCCUUGUUGGCCAAAUGGGCCUAAUUACAUAGCCUAAUAUCAAGAUAUUGUGACAGAACAAGAAGACAGAAGAAGAGGAAGACAUGUAAAACCUUGAUAGUUUCUCGAGCAUGUAGUUGUAACCCUUUUAACAUUUUUCAUCUUAGAUUAGUAAAAUCGAGCCAGAAAAGAAAUGGAAUCCAAAAAAAAGAAGGUAAAAUUCCAAUC